AUGGACGAAACUCAACCUCUUCUCCCCGACGUUCCACCCGAACCAAUACCGAGUGACCUGGACAAAGACAUUGUCACUUUCGACGUCGACGGUGACCCCGAGAACCCAGAAGAUUGGCCCAAUACGUACAAAUGGGGAAUCGUGGCCCUACUCGCCUUCAUGGCAUUCACAGUGACGUUCACAUGUAUAUCGGUGGUCCCGGUCGCCAACAGGAUAGUCGACGACCUAUCCGGCGGUCACUCGAGCAAAUCCUCCAGCGUCCUUCUGGUCACCAUCUGGGAAUUGGGCGAGGCGGGCGGCCCGUUCCUGAUCGCACCCCUCUCCGAGCUCUUCGGGAGGUACCCGGUCGUCAACGCGGCCAACAUCCUCUUCAUCUCGGCCACGGCCCUGGCCGCCCUGUGCCGGAGCACCCCUCUCUUCAUCGCCGCCCGGUGCCUGACGGGGGUGGCCGUGGCCUCCAACGUGCUCAACCCGGCCAUCGUGGGCGACAUGUUUGUCUCGGACCAACGAGGCAGCGCCAUGUCCUCCAUCAUGCUGGCGCCCCUGAUCGGGGGCGCCACCGGACCCGCCAUCGCCGGGGCCAUCGCCCAGUCGUUGGGUUGGCGUCAGGUGCUCUGGAUGUCGGUCAUCCUCGCCGGCGUCGCCGAAGUCUUGUUCCUCACCUGCUUCCGGGAGACCUACAAGGUGACAAUCUUGAGGAGGAAGGCGGCCCGCCGCCGUCGCGAGACGGGCAACCCCAACCUCCGCGCGGCGUUCGACGUCGGCGAGAAGAACAACAAGGACGGCAGAUUCUGGGGGUCCAUCGUGCGGCCGCUGGUCGUCUUCGCCGACAGUUCGGUCCUCCAAAUGCUUUCCGUCUACGGAAGUCUGACCUUUUCUUAUUUCUACAUCAUGAGCACGACGUUGCCCGAUAUCCUUCAAGAUAUAUAUCACCUCUCUCCUGCCCUUACGGGGUCGAGUUUCGUUUGUCACAGCAUCGGUUCGGCGAUCAGUGUCAUCCUGUGUAAUCUCCUCCUGGACCGGAUCUAUGUCAGGUUACGGAAAUCCCACGACGGUGUCGAACAACCCGAGUUUCGUUUACCUUUGGUAAUCCUGGGAGCCUUCACCAUGCCACUUGUGAUUGCAAUUUACGGUUGGAUCCCACAACUUCAUUUGUCCUUGGCCGUUUUACUGGUCGGCGUCGGAGCCCUGGGAAUGGCCCUCAUCCUGGGAGUGGUCCCCUUGAUGGCCUACGUCGUCGACACUUUCAAAUUGUACUCGGCCUCGGCCAUGACGGCGGUCAUCGUCAUGCGUUGCCUCAUGGCGACCUUUUUGCCUCUCAUGGCCGAACCACUCGUGCGAGCUUUGGGCUGGGGUUGGGGUUUCACCGUCCUCGGUGGGGUGAGUUUGUGUUUUGCUCCCAUCCCGGUCUUGAUCUUCAGGUACGGUGCCAAGUGGAGGCAGUGGUCGAAAUAUACCCGAGAAGAAUGAUGGACAAGACACGUGAGAAUCACCGAGAAGAGAAAAGAAAAACUAGAACAGAACAAAAGACCUUUACGGAGUACGAGUGCCGGGAUGAGGAGGAUAUCUGUGCCUGUUCUUCUCAACGACAGAUAAGAAAUGAGUUUUUCAACACACUAAAUAGACUCGGACGAUUUGGUUUGGUGUACUAAGCAAAAGGAAGAAGAAAAGACAAAAGCAAAACAAAAACGGGCUAUAUAUUCAUGAGCGUUUAAUCUAUUUGGACGGUUUGUUUUUUUGGAUAUGGUCACGACUAUUAUGAAGUAUUCAACAUGAACCAGGUCAGGACGAACCAGGCCAGAAUAUG